UAAGAUUACUGAGCUGACAAAGACUCUGUUUCAUCAAACAAGUGGUUUACUCUUUAAUCCUCUUUGGCUCAAGAGUUCCGACACAAUAACCUGCAGACAAGAGUUACCCAACCUUGCUGUCAUAAAAACUGAAAUAACAGAUGGUGGUUAUUGUGAGGGAGGUCAUCUUUACGGCUGCGGAUUGAUUGGAUUUAUUUUUUUCAUGUAGCGAAUGAUCUUUAAAUCUAAAUGUCAUCCAGGUCUGAACUUGCCUGCAGCUCUUCAUGUACUUUAAUCUUUUGGUACGGGCUGCGAUCUUUCUGUAUGUACACUAACAGGUGAACACAGUAAUGAAGGGUGGAUUCCACAUUUCUCAGACACACCUAAAGCCCGUUAACCCUCCUGAGAGUUAAACAAGGACAGGUGUCUCCACCCAGCUCAAGCAGAAAGACAGUCCCCACUAUCUUCAGCAUGAUGUCGCACAGAAAGUCUGGUGGUGUCAGCAGCUACUCCAUGUAUGGUGGAGGUGUAGCUGGUGGAGCCAGGGCCUCCGUCUCUUCACGCUCCAUGUCCAUGUCCCAGUACGGUGGAGGUGGUGGAGGUGGUGGAGGUGGUGGAGGUGGUGGAGGUGGUGGAGGUGGUGCUGGAGCAUAUGGCUUCCAGUACCUCGGCGGUGCAGCUGCCAUGUCUGGAAGCGGCGGUGGUUCUGGGUUCUCUUUUAGUGCGGGUGGCGGCGGCGGCGGCGGCGGCGGUGGUGGCAUGGACAUCUCUGCCAAUGAGAAGGCCUGCAUGCAGAACCUGAAUGACCGUUUGGCCAGUUACCUCGAGAAGGUUCGCCUCCUGGAAGCUGCCAACGCCGAGCUGGAGCUGAAGAUCAGAGAGUUCCUGGAGAGCAAGACCUCACCCUCCUCCAGAGACUACAGUGCCUACUAUGCCACCAUCGCAGAACUGCAGGGACAGAUUCUGGAAGCAACCAAAUUCAACGGCGGCAUCUACCUCUCCAUCGAUAACGCCAAACUGGCUGCUGACGACUUCAGGAUGAAGUAUGAAAACGAGCUUGCCAUGAGGCAGUCAGUUGAGGCGGACAUCGCCGGGCUGAAGAGAGCACUGGAUGAGCUGACCAUGGGAAGAUCUGACCUGGAGAUGCAGAUUGAGGGCCUGAAGGAGGAGCUGAUCUUCCUCAAGAAGAACCACGAGGAGGAGCUGCUGGCCAUGAGGACCCAGAUGAGUGGUCAGGUGAACGUGGAGGUGGACGCUCCUCAGGGACAAGACCUUAAUAAGGUCUUGGAAGAGAUGAGGGAGCACUAUGCAGCCCUUGCCAACAAGAACAACAAAGAUCUGGCGAACUGGUUCGAGCAAAAGUCAGAGUCAUUGAAAAAUGAAGUUGCAGAAAGCACAGAAACUCUCGUUACGUCCAAAUCUGAGAUCACAGACCUGAAGCGAAUGCUGCAGAGCCUGGAGAUCGAGCUGCAGUCACAGCUCAGCAUGAAAGCGUCGCUGGAAGCCACCCUGUCUGAAACUCAGAACCGCUACGCCAUGAUGCUGUCAUCUUACCAGAACCAGGUGUUAAUGUUGGAGGACCAGCUGACCCAGCUGAAGGCCGACCUAGAGAGACAGUCCUCAGAGUACCAGAUGUUGCUGGACAUCAAGAGCAGGCUAGAGAUGGAGAUUGCAGAGUACAGGAGGCUGCUGGAUGGAGAGGGUGGCGGCUCCGGCUCUGGCUCUGGUUUCUCCUCGUCCAUGUCGUCCUCCAUGACUUCUUCCAGCUCCGGCUCUGGCUCCGGUUCUAGCUCCGGCUUUGGUUCCGGUUCCGGCUCCAGCUCUUCCUCCAGCAGUACUGUCAUCACUGCCCCUGCCACCACCUCCAUCACCAAACAGAAAGUCAUCACCAUCGUGGAGGAAGUGGUGGAUGGGCAGGUGGUCAGCUCCACAAGCUCCGAGGUCGUCAACCAGUUGUGAGCAACUGCAGGAGGAGCACUCACUCAGCUAAUGAUGAAACUAACACCGAAAUAAAAUUUUGCUGAGGAGCUUAAAAAUA